AUGAAUAUAAAUCAGAUUAAUGUUGUUUCAGCCAACGAUGGUGCAAACAACAUGCAAAGCUUAGAUGCACCUUGUGCUAAAAUUUUAGAAAAUGAAAAACCAAAGCAAGAGAUUUCUCCAAGUCAAAAUUGCUUGUCGGUGAUUCUCGGGCCGUCAAGUCAUAAAUCCGCAGCCGAUAUGAGUUAUAAUAAUACUUUAGAAGUUGAUGAUGACCCUGGUGAACAAAAAAGGGUGAAAAGUAUCGGUGAUAUUCCGAUUUUUAGAACAGUAAUUGAACUGGAGAAACAAUCGUUCACAUCAGAUUCACAAGUCAACAAUGAUCUCGCUAAAAAUAACAGUAAAGCUGACAAAAGUUCUGUCGUUCCUGGCAGCGAUCCAGGUUGA